AUGGGAACGUCACCUCAGCCGAAAACGCAGUCUCCCACUCCUGCACCCAGCCCAACCCCCACACUUUCCCCCACGCCGGUUCCUAGUGUAAGACCAACAGUUGAGGCCGCGACUGCCAGCCCCACAGGAUCACCCACUCCGGGACCCUCGCACAAGGGAAGUGCAAAUCCCACUCCUGCUCCCACGGGUAAACCAACAGCCACUCCAACUUCAGGUCCAACGCCAGUACCAACUCCUGCUCCAUCUGCAGAACCAACAAGCAAACCAACAACAAACCCUACUCUAGCACCAACUCCAAUACCAACUUCAGCACCAACCCCAGGUCCAACACCCAUCAGUGAACACCCUGACUGCAAGAAUAUGGGUUAUCACUUUGGCUAUAAGCAGCAAAACCCGGGCUGUGUGACAUCAGACCCUCUAGUGGCCCCAGUCGACUUCACCUCACUCAUGCUGACCCCGGUGUUGCCUGGAAUGGUGAACUGUCAGCUUCAGAACCGUGGCAAUUUUAGGGUUACUUGCCACAAUGGGCAGGUACCAGUCGACCCAAAUGAUCCAAGAACGGAGUUUGCUUAUGUCAACCUUGAAACUUCAGUGGAUGUGGCAGUUUAUGUCAAGGGAGGCAAAAGUGGCAUGCUGUACAACUUGACAGAAGGAGACUUGUUCCAGGGCUUAAAUCCUGGUAAUGGGGAACUGAUUGAACACAUUGAGUUCUGUUUUUUCUGUACGGUCCCGGCUGCUCCGACCCCUGGACCUACACCCAACCCCACACCGGCACCUUCCCCCAAGCCAACACCAGCACCAACACCUGAGCCAACACCAGCUCCAACACCGAAUCCCACACCAGCACCUUCACCGAAUCCCACACCGGGACCAACACAGGCGCCAAUAGGAACCCCCACUGGAACCCCCACCGGAACUCCCACUGGAACUCCAACCGGAACUCCAACAGGCACCCCAACGGGGACACCCACAGGAACCCCAACCGGGACCCCAACAGGGACACCCACAGGAACCCCAACCGGAACUCCAACCGGAACUCCAACUGGAACUCCAACAGGAACUCCAACAGGAACUCCAACUGGAACACCAACCGGGACUCCUACCGGGACUCCUACCGGGACUCCUACCGGGACUCCUACAGGUACUCCAACGGGGACUCCUACCGGAACCCCAACAGAGGCCCCUUUGCCACCUGCUGACUUGCCAGGAACACAGAUUGGCCAGAGCGAUAAGUGCACAGAUAUUGGAUAUACUUUUGGUUGGAAACAAGAAGACCCUGGUUGUGUUGAUAGAACCUCAGACACUUCGUUUGAGACUGAUUUGAGCAUUGUUCCAGAGAUUGAUUUAUCAGAUUAUCCUGGAUGCAGCACUACAGGCUUGGGUGUUUACAGGUUUGAUUGUCAAAAUGAGGAUGGAAAUUCCGGUGAAUUUUUUGGUGUCGACCUUUACUCCAGCGUUUCAGGUACAGUAAUUAUCAAGGGAGGCAACAACGGAGGCCGCAGAUAUGAUAUUUCUGCAGGGCAAACCUACUACCUCACAACGGGGGGUGAACCAGGAAGUGAACGUGCCAUCAGCCAUAUAGAAUUCUGUUUUAGCUGUCCAUCGCCGGGGAGGAGAGGACUGCGCGCCAAUGCAGCGCUGAAAGCAACCUCUCAUGUGGUGAAAGGAGAGGCUGAGUCUUCCUUGCUUCUUGGUAACGCACAAGACUGCCACAUGGAGGUUUCUGCAGGAGCAACGAUUGCUGGGCUGAGUGAAUCUGGUGAAGCAGUGGUUAAGCAUGUCAACGUUGCAGGCGAGAAUGGUUGGAUGUUGGUGACUUCUGGGCCUGGCGAAUAUGAACUAAAUCUGUACACUGGUGCAGACACCAGAUAUCCCAAUGAUAUUUUUGUUGGCACAGCCUUGGUGGAGGUAGGGGACUGUGCGGAUGGUGAAUAUUCCAGCACAAUUACUUGGUCCAUGUCAGGCUCCAAUGGUGUUUGCUACGGAAGAGACAGCACUGAAAUCCUCGCUCACAUGGGUCCCAUUGAGCCGAGGGAUGCUGACGAAUACGAAGUAUCCUGCUGUACAGUUGGGGAGGAUUGUUACGUCAGUAUUUUCACGAAGCUCGCUAGUGCUCACUGUGGGACUUGCUAG